CACCGCCUCCAGACGACGAGCCACCUCCGCUAAAACCUAGGGAAUUCUUCGAAAGACUUCAGACACAAGCGAUGAGGGAAGCCCAAGAUAGAAAGCAUAGAUCUCGGGACCUAUCCCUCAAAGAUAAUCAACUCUUCAGACCGGUUGAUGCUGAAGGGAGUCUUGGAGACAGCCUCAGUCAGAGUCGAGAGAGUCUGUCAUCUGACGGGGAAGGUGCUCGAGGCGACUGCUCCUCGGUUGACUCCUCAGGGUCAGGAUCGGAGGAGCAGCCACCAUGCGAUAUCGGACUCCUAGAAAGACUGAUCAGAACUCACCCAGUUUGGUUCCUUCCUGGAAUACAGAGAGCUGGUGCCUUCCACUUACUUCAGGGGAAAGAAGAAGGGAACUUCGUAGUCCGCCAGUCAAGUCAGGCCGACACGAUGGCGAUCAGCGUCCGCCUGCCCGCAGACAAAGGUCCCUACAUAGAACAUUACCUCAUUCAGGCAUCGAGCGGCCGCAUCGGACUGGAAACGUCGCACAAUCGCUUUGAUAACAUCCCCGAACUGAUUGCACAUUAUUCUCAGUGCUGUGACGAGCUACCAGUACAGUUGCAAUUGCCUCGCCCGCUUCGCGAAGCAAAAAGUCGACAUCAGCUUAGUUCAUUAGCUUUAUUGGGACAAGAAUUCUGGGGUUACCCGAUGGCGAACCCUAAGAACAAUCCCAACAAUCUCCUAUCUCCUUGUCAGUUAGCCAACGGUGUCGUGCCUAUGGCUGUCACACCGUCAGACACGGGGUCUAGUCUUAGCAGCUUUAACGCCAGUACCCGAACAAACUCCCGUGAACAUAUUCUCAGCCCCGAGAAAGAUCAAAAUGUAGUGCUAAAGAUGUCACCGAUAGAACAUUCAGGUUCCCCACCGAAUCAAACUCAGAACCUCAGCACGUUUAAAGGCAAAACUGCCCCAUCACCGCCCGCCAAACCCAACAGUGCAUUUAUCAGAGCGCCUAGACCUACCCCACCAAAUACUCUGAACCUAAUGUCUAGUACUGCGCAUAUAACACAACCUCACACAUUUCCCACGACCAACACACAACAUUCUCCCACCCAAGUAAGCAACGUCAAAACGACGCCACCUCCACCGCCACCGCGAUGGGCAAAACCCCCAUUUUCCAAGUCAUCCUUGUCUCCAAAAUCCGAAGCUUUCUGCCCAAUUAACAAAGUUUCACAAAAUGGAAACAUAACAGUCACUACCACAGUUACAUUUUGUGUCAAUAACACACAAAUUCACAACCAUCAAAUCAAUGAGAGCAUACAGAGCGACAGAUUACAACUAACGCUUGCAUCUAAUGCCAUGAAUAACAACAGUAGCGACAGUGUAUUCAACGUCGUGGAUACGACAAAUAUUGGUGAUUCUAAUGGAGAAUCCCAGAACAUGAUGCACCGUAUGUCACCAGAGGGGGAGUGCAUCAAUGCCAUGACCGCUAGUUUGCACGGGAGCUUCAAACGUCAAAUGUCUGAACAGAAUCAUGUUGAACCGGGAUCACCAGUAGAGCAAUCUCAGACAAAUACAUCAGAUUCAGUAGAUCCUAUUGUUAACAGUCUAACAAAGUCAAGUAGCACAUUUGCUCCCAACCAAUUGGUUUCGCCGAAUGGCACGAACUCUGUUACCAGUGGGAUUUUCUCUCCGACAAGUCAAAUCAAUUCUCCUGUAUCUAACGACACGAUUUCUUCUAAGAGCGGUGUAUUUUCUCCUCUAAGUCAAACUAACAAAAGUGAAAUCUUCUCUCCGGUAUCUAGAAGUUCUCCGAUAUCAUCGAAAAAUGUAUUUUCGCCAACUUCUAACCAAUCUAUUAUCUCUCCUAUGAUGGGUAAAGAUAGAGAUAAAGUUUUGUCCCCAAAUACGAAUACAGCAAGUACUACACCGUCUGGUAGAUCGCGUAGGAGUAAACACUCCCACCGAAAGGAGUCCAGACAUUACCAGGAAUCUGAUAUUUUAGAAUCUCCAGGCGUGUACUGUCGAAGCUCAUUGGUUGACAAAGUAUCAGAUUAUGAAGAUAUUUGGGGACCGGAAAGCAAUAAUAGUUGCUCUACUUUCAAGCCUUUGAAACAUGAAAAUGAGAAUAAUAUUCACAACGGUUUAAUGAAGAGCAAAAGACCGGAUCUGUUGCCGGAUACUUUGCCGAAAUUAAAUGCAGCUAAAAGUACCCAGUCCAUAUUGGAAAAGGAAAACAUGCACAUAUUAAACUCAACAGAAAGUCUGAAUGACAAGAAAACCUUGUCCGAUAGUUCUUUGAAGAAGAGUUUCAAGGAUUCGAAUGAAAUAAUAGCCACUACUAAUAGUAAGGGGAACGUUGUACCAAAGAGGCCAGAUAAACUUAAUAUUUCAUCGAACAUGAAUAAGAAACUCACUGAGGAGAUUGAAGCUGUUAUUAAACAUAGAGAGAACUACAGCAGUGAAAGUAUGGAGACCAUGAAAUUAGAGGACGAUUGUAUUCUUACCUCAAUGGGAGAAGAAUCUGAAAAGGACAAUGCUGGCAGCCCUUUCUACGCUGAUCCUGUAGAUGCCUUAAAGGAAAAAUUAUUGCUUCUGUCACAGGCUGCCAUGCCUCCAGUGCAACGACGCAAACUGCUGAGGGUCGGUGUGAAUCUUUCACAACGCUACUCGGAACCACCGAACCAGAAUCAUCCGUAUUACCCUCUUCGUGAUAUGCAUAGUAUCGAGGAACUUUCCCCUUCAUCGCCAAACACAUCAUCGUCAGUGGAUAACCUGAUGUCGCUACGUAGCAAGCCGAAGAUGAAACCAGUGCAGCCACCGCGAGUCGGCAGCAAGCCACCCACAGGCAAGAACGACCAGACUUGGACCGUUGAUUCCAGUUGGGAGUUUAUAAAUAAAAACGACGAGUGUUCAAACAGUGAGAGCGGCACGUUCCCUUCGCUGGCCGAACAGGAAUGCCGGCUGAGCGCUGUCGAUGACGGGACACAGCACUUGACUGUACAUCAAGUUGUGGCUCAAAGGUUCCCUGACUUGCGGUUGAAUUUGGAGCCCACAAUGUUACCAGAGGAAGUGCGAUCACCGCCGCGAGCUUCGUGUUACGACAAUGUUCAUGACUUAAGACCUUUGUCCGAACAGGCAAGCGACGAUGGCACGGUGUUCUCCGAACCAUGGGACAGUUCACAAUGGGAUGGUUUGAUACCACCAGCGAAUGGUCAUCAGCUUUAUGACAACGACGAGCCUUGUGAAUGGGAGUCACCGAUUCCUAGGAGAGGCCCCGCUGCCGCUACUAGGGCCAAAAGCUUCAGAGACAGAUUGGAUCCUCUAUUAGCUGCGGGAAGAGUGCGAGCUCUCCGCGGAGGUCGCACCUCACGCGGCGCCGGCGCAGCACUGCGGGCAUAUGCGUUGCACCUAGCUCAGGACAAGAGCACCACCUUCGCACAGAACAUUGAUAACUUUAUCGCUUGCACUCUGGAUUCAAAGGAGGCUUGUCCACAGAUCAUGAUGCGCAACAUAAGACAAUUCAUGUCUGGAAUGAAGAACUAUUUAGUCAAGCACGGCGAGAGAGAGUUUGAGAAAGAAGUGGAAAAAGAACGCCUCAAGCUCAAGCCAACUGAGUUCCUGAACUUGGACGCGAUCUUGGAAGGCGUCAUGCACCGACUGGUGGUUAGACCGCUGCGAGCUCGUCUCUACUCGCUGUUAGCUGCGUGGCACGCCGCCGAUGUACGUCGACUGCACGCUGCGAUUGAACGCGCUCAACAUGCCACGCCUUUGCAGCUGGGGAUCAAGGAAUCAACUAAAGUACCAUCUUCAGCGGUAUUAGCCGUGAUUUCGAAGAAUUUCCUGAAGAUGCAGGAGGCCGACUCCCCGUUGGACAAACUGGAAAACCUUCUAGCUGCCAUAUCUGUUAUGUUUAAUGCUAUUCGUGGAGAGCGCAGUGUUGGUGCGGACGACCUGCUCCCCGUCCUCGCAUGGACCAUCGCCCGUUCACGUCUGGUCUGCGCGGAGCUCGAAGCUGAACUGAUGGCGGGGCUGCUACCAGCGGCACUGCUGGCUGGAGAAGGUGGCUACUACCUGACUGCCCUGUUCUCCGCGGUAGCUGUCUUGAAGAGAUUAGCGCCAGAGCAGCAGCAGGAUAGCACUUCACCGCAGUGGCGUCGCGGCUCGGUGGACACGGGCCGCGAGCAGUGCCCGGUGGCGGUGGUCCGCGUGGUGCUGCCGGACGAGUGCCGCGGCUCCAUCCGGCGCGUGCCCGUCCCGUGCCGGCCCGGCGCGCGCGCCCGCGACCUCUGCCGGGCGCUGGCACAUGCCGCCGCUAUCACCAACCCGCAAGACUACGCCUUGUUCGCGCUACAUGACGGUCAUGAAACAAUGCUGAAUGAAAACGAUUGCCCUCAAGAGGUUAUGUCGGAGAAGAGCGGACAGAACUUCACGCUAGCAUACAGAAGAAUAGACGCUAAGAUCGCCUGGCCGCAGCAGGCCAUGCUCUCCUAUCCCUAACCUGCUACUUCUAUUUAAGACUUUAAAGCGACAGAAAUCUCUUAGCAAUAGAAACGUCAAGAACAAAACACGCUCGUUUUCAAUUCAACGAAACAAUAAUGGGAUCGAAUGAAUAUAAUAUAUUUUUAUCACGUAAACAAUAAUAAAAGUGAUAUUUUAUUCAACUGAUUUUGUAAGUGCUAACGUUUUCUAAGCUUACCUUACUUAUAAGUACAUCGCUUAUAGGCAGUAUUUUUAAAGCAUCGCUACUCAAUGAGCAUACUAAUGUCAUGUAUCUGUAGCUUUUUUACUCAGUAAUAUUAAGUACCUAAUUAAUAAAUUAUAAUCUGACUGAACUUUCGGGAUACGACUCCCAAAUUUUGUACAUUUUGUAUCGUGUGGGGAGUUAUCAUUUGACGUUUGAAUGUGAUGUAUGGAUAAAGUGUUCACCAUUUUUUUUUUUGUUUUUAUAAUAAUUUGUAGCAAGUACCUACCUGUGUGCAUCAAUUCAGAUGUUCAGCUCGACUAAACGAAGCUGCCUUAUAAAGACAGUGUUUACGUCAUCAAGUGUGCGUUUGUGUAUGUUCCUAAAAAUUCGACGCGUAGGUACACUGAAUAAACUCACCAAAUUGUUGUUUUUAGUUUAAUAAAAUUUAAGUAUUUCUUUGAACAUUUCUAGUGGUAAAAUUUACUUUUGAAGUAUCUAUACAUAUUUUUAACUCUUACUAACUUGUUUAUGAACUGUGAUGUUAAUCGUAUUAAUUAGUAAUACUGUAAGGUUUUGUAUUAAUUUUUGUAUAUUCGUAGAGCUGUUUCUUAAUAUAAUUUAUUUAUAUGUAACUUUAAGGUAAAUAACCAAAACGUUGAAGCGAUAAUGGGUAAAUUAUAGCGACUAUGCAGAAUUCGUAAAGUAUCAAAAUAAAUUCUUGAUCGUAGGAAAGAAAACACUUAAAAAACAUAUAAAAAUAUACUGCUAAGUCACUCGCUAGUAUUUACCCGUUAUUUGAACGUAUUCAGAUGAAGCAUUGGCUUACCAUACUUAUCAUAAUCAUCAAUAUUUUUGUAGUUCAUAUUUAUGUAUGUUACAUAAACAUCAAAACAGUUUUAGUAGUUAUCAAAAUUGUAACGAUUUGGAGAAGUGUGUACCAGAACAAUACUUUAUAGCCGCAUACUCUAUUUUAAGUAUAUUCCAUUUCAAUUCCAUACUUAUAUGUCAUUAAUCAUUUAACCUACGCAAAUAUAUUGAAUGGUUUCCAAUAAAUCUUCUCUUAAUUGCAUGCAUUUCUAUUACGAAACAUUCUUCGCUACAAUUAUUUAUAAGUACCGUAUCAUUAUAUACUGGUUUAUUUAAAUAUAUUCAUCAUAUUCUUAGCAUUCUCAUUACUCUUUCUAAUAAGCCCUGAACUCGAUUUGCAAUCUUAUUUAUUCAAUAUUAAUCCUUAUGUAGAAUGCCGUAAGAUCGAAAAUUAAAUAAACCCCUCAUAUUUUCAUGUAUUUUUAACUGACUUCUUUAUAUGAAGACCAAUGAGAUCUUUACUCCAUACAGGUAUAUACCCAGCAUUUAUUGAACUACUGCCAUGUACUUUUAUUUUCUCUAACACACUAAUAAUUAAAUAUGGAAUAAAGUUACCAUGAAGUCGUGCUGUCUUCGUCGUUUCGCUUAAUUAUAACAAGGACAGCAUCAUUGUGACUUUGAUCAUAAGUCUUACAUAACAGUUGAAACUUGAUUCGUAUUUUCAUGGAUAAUUUCUGACUGAGAGAGGCUGGGAAUGCUCCCUGCGGCUUACUUAUAGCAGGUAUCUCCUAUUAUGUAGUUUUCUAAUGAGUCGAUUUUAUAUUUGUAUUCAUUUUUUUACACAAACCUAUAUAUAUUCACUACCGCGCUAUAUAUAUCGCCGUAUUCUUUGUUUGACUCACGAGCAUGGUCCCGAUUUCAUAGAUUAAAAGCUUUGGAAGACAGACGUCACACUCAUUUUUAAGGUGGUUUAGGCCCCAGUCUAAUAUAAUGCAGCAUGCAACGCAUCACUAGGCAAUACUUUUAAAAACUAAAGUCGGUGACGUAUCUGUUCCACAUAUAACCUCAAAAUACUAGCCAGCUCAUAACCAUCUACGUCAUCAUCAUCGUCAUCCUAGCCUUUUUCCAACCAUGUUGGGUUCGGCAACGAGUCUAACCCUUUAAAAAACAUUUCUCCAAAAUUCGUACAUAUAACAUUAGUCAGUGGGCGAAAGGUGAUUCUGAAUAUGUGAGCGGCGCACGCGCAGUGUAUGGCGCGCCAUUUUGUAUUUAUUACGUCACUCUUAUUAACGUUAGUUGUAAAACACGUGUAUUGUGUUUGAUUUUCAGUCAUAAUGUGAAGGAGUAAAUGAAUUUUUACCAAAUUUA